AUUAAGGCCCAUUAUCUUUAAAAAUAUAAAACGACAAUGAUUCAUGUCAUCGUUCCUCGCUCUACUCGUCCAUAAAUCGUGAGACUUUGUAGUUGACCGGAUCAUCGCUCCUCGCUUCGCCGGCCGUCGAGAUCUAGCUGUUUCUCUCUUCAUCGUGACGAAAUGGCUGCUCGUAUCUGGAUCUUCUCCGUAGCUGUAGCUCUAUUCUUAUCGUUUUCGUCCGGUCACGAUCUCCAGAUCGUGAAUGCCGAGCGAAGGAUCGAUUUAAGCUCACAUAUCGUGAACGCCUUCUUGACCCUUAAGGUGGAAAAUAUUGGGAAAGAUCCUGCGGCAGAUAUGCUUCUUGCUUUCCCACCUACCCAGAUCAAGCAUUUAUCUAUGGUCCAAGCCAUGGCAAUUACAGGCAAGAAGAAGAAGAAAACCUACUUGCCUCUAGAUGUCAAACCAACCGAACAACCUGACGCACCAAACGACACCGGAUACUUCCUUGUUUCCUUUGCCACCCCCUUAACCCCGGGCGAAACCGUUACACUCGAGGUGCUAUACAUACUGACUCAUUCCCUGGAGCCUUUCCCAUCAGAGAUAGCCCAGUCAGAAUCUCAGCUGGUUUACUACCGGGACAGUGCAGUGAUACUCUCACCUUAUCAUAUUAAGCAACAGACGACUUUUUUCAAGACUCCUAGUGCUAGAGUAGAGUCUUUCACUAGCGUCGACCCUGCCAACCGAGCUGGAAAAGAGAUCAAAUAUGGACCGUAUGAGGACCGUGCUCCGUACUCCUAUGCACCUGUGAUCGUUCAUUUUGAGAAUAACAGUCCGUUUGCUGUUGUUGAGGAGCUUGUGCGUGAGAUUGAGAUUUCGCACUGGGGUAGCCUUCAGAUAACGGAGAAUUACAGGUUGACUCAUGGGGGAGCUCGUCAUAAGGGUGUCUUCUCAAGGGUUGACUAUCAAUCUAGACGUUCCAUCAGUGGUUCAUCCUCAUUCAAUGCGCUCCUUGCAGUACUUCCUCCCAAAGUUAACUCUGUUUACUACAGGGAUAACAUUGGAAACAUCUCAACUUCACAUUUGCGUACUGGCUUUAAGAAGUCAGAACUUGAAUUUGAACCGCGAUACCCGUUAUUUGGAGGGUGGAGAGCAACAUUUAUCAUUGGCUAUCGAGUUCCAUUGGAAGACUAUCUCUUUGAAGCACCAGAUGGCAGACGUUACUUGAACUUUACCUUUGGCUGCCCGCUCGUUGAAACUAUAGUUAACAAGUUGACUAUCAAAGUCGUGCUUCCUGAAGGAUCAAAGGACCCUUCUGCUGUUUUACCCUUCACAGUCAAUCAAGACUUACAGGUCAAAUACUCAUACCUUGACAUCGUGGGAAGAACCGUGGUUGUGUUGCAAAAGGAUAAUGUAGUUCCCACUCACAACGUACCCUUCCAGGUGUAUUAUACGUUCAAACCAAUAUACAUGCUUGCGGAACCGUUCAUGCUUGUAUCGGCUUUCUUCUUCGUCUUUGUGGCUUCUCUUGCGUAUGUACACAUCGAUCUCAAUAUCGUCAAGAAAUAGAAAAUCUCAAAGAGAAGUUCAUUUAUAGACUCCUAAAAGAUGUAGACCGUUCAUAAUACUUUUUUGGUUAAAAACAAAUAAUUAUGUAGUUGCUGACUUUCGUAGUUGUAUCUUUGACGCUCUUUGUCCUAAAGACCUUUUGGAGAUAGGAUUGUUGUUGAGAGUUAAUCAAGGACAUUCAACUGCUAA